AUUGCGCAACGUGACUGAUGCUCAGCUCACCCCGUAGCCAAUACUGCCGAUAUAGUAUCGUUCGGUUGGGUGGAGGGCGGUUAACGCCUUGACUUUACUAUAGAAGCUAUAGCGCACAGUCCUAGUCUACUCGUUUAGAUGUUUCCAUUCUCUCCUCAGACGCAAACGGAAUCAUCAGGAAUCAGGUGCGCGCACCAGCCGCUCUCGCACUCACCGUACUCACCCUUUCCAUCCACACCGGAGAGGAUCGCGCACGGCGUCUGGUUUCAGUCGUGAUGUUGCUGUAGGUGCAACCUACAGCAACCCCCCGUAGCACCAUCGGUCAGAAAACUAGCGAUAAUUUAGAGCAAAAUGCAGUGGACAUGAGAUGGCACCUUUUGAUACAAGUCAGAUCCCGGAUUCUAUGUGCAGAACCGGGGAUGACAACAGCUGGAAAUGGUGAGGAGCCAUGUCCGUGGAUGUCACAGGCGGUCUCUAGUCAAGCACAACUGUGUGAGUGUGACUGCUCUGUAAACUGCUGAGGGUAAAUCGACAACGUGCCACGGCAGAGUAAUAGACGGUGUGUCCACCUGAGGUAGUCCGAGUAUCAUCAUAUCUGACUGUUUGCUAGGCCGGGCGGCUGCUGUUUUGUGCCUCCCGGUAAAUCAUUACUGAAGCUAUUUGCUCAGAGACGAGCACUUGCAUGUCAAAUGAAUUCGUCAGUCUUCAAAUUUAUUUUGACAGUGUACUAAGGUGAGGACGUGUUUUGCUUUUUGGCGUUCACAAAUCCGUCGCAACGGAUUCAACACAUCAAUUAAUCAGCGCGCGGAUCCGUGCAGUUUGUGUUCUAUCUAUGCACGCGAGUUCCACCGACUUGCAAACCUGCGCCUGGGAAAGGACUUUUCGCCUUUGAUAGCUGGAUAUGUUCAGAUUAACGUAAAGGAUGGAUCUAAUUAUAUUUGUAUUGGGGCCCCUGACACUGUUUCUGCAGGGUAUCCAUGGCCAAGGAGUGUACGCGCCCCCUACCGUUCGUAUCGUGCACUCUGGCCACGCCUGUAACGUGGAGGAGGAACGCCACACGGAGAGGGUGUACACCAUCCGGGAGGGGGAGACCCUGGAGCUCACCUGCCUGGUCACCGGACACCCACGGCCUCAGAUCCGCUGGACCAAGACUGCGGGAAGCGUGUCGGACCGCUUUCAGGAUUCGAGCGUGUUCAACGAGACGCUGAACAUCGCCAAGAUCCAGAGGCACCAGGGCGGACGCUACUACUGCAAGGCCGAGAACGGUCUGGGCUCGCCCGCCAUCAAGUCCAUCAGGGUGGAUGUCUACUACCUGGACGACCCCGUGGUGACGGUGCACCAGAGCAUCGGCGAGGCCAAGGAGCAGUUCUACUACGAGCGGACGGUGUUCCUGCGCUGCGUGGCCAACUCCAACCCUCCCGUGCGCUACAGCUGGCACCGCGGCCGCGACGUCCUGUCCCAGGGCUCCGACAAGGGCGUGGAGAUCUACGAGCCCUUCUUUACACAGGGGGAGACGAAGAUCCUGAAGCUGAAGAACCUCCGUCCUCAGGACUACGCCAACUACAGCUGCAUCGCCUCUGUCAGGAACGUGUGUGGUAUCCCUGACCGGAGUGUCAUCUUCAAACUCACCAACAAGACAGCCUCCCCCUCCAUCAAGCUGCUGGUGGAGGACCCCAUCGUGGUGAACCCGGGCCAGACGGUGUCCCUGGUGUGCAUCACCACGGGCGGAGAGCCAGGGCCCACGCUCAGCUGGCACGGCGGCUCUGACGGCCUGCCGGACAAGAGCGUCCUGAAGGGCGGCACGCUCACCCUGCCCGCCGUCACCUCCGACGACGCCGGCGUCUACAGCUGCGUCGCCAGCAACAACGUGGGGAACCCGGCCAAGAAGUCCACCACCAUCGUGGUCCGAGCUCUGAAGAAGGGGCGUUUCUGGAUCACCCCAGACCCGUACCACAAUGAUGACAACAUCCAGAUAGGACGAGAGGUCAAGAUAUCCUGCCAGGUGGAGGCGACGCCCCCUGAAGAGCUGACAUUUGGUUGGCUGAAGAAUGGGCGGGCCCUGCGUAGCUCGGAGCGAAUGGUGAUCACCCAGACAGACCCGGACAUCUCUCCUGGAACCACCAACCUGGACAUCAUCGAUCUGAAGUUCACAGACUUCGGCACGUACACCUGCGUGGCGGCGCUCAAGGGAGGAGGCAUCCCUGAGAUCAGCAUCGACGUCAACAUCUCCUCCACUACUGUUCCCCCCAACCUGACAGUCCCCCGGGGCAAGUCGCCCCUGGUGGCCCGGGAAGGGGACACAGUGGAGCUGGAGUGCCUUGUUUCAGGGAAGCCCAAGCCCAUCAUUCUGUGGUCUCGGGCGGACAAGGAGGUGCCCAUGGCGGACGGCAGCAUGCACUCGGAGAGCUACGACGGCGUGCUGCGGAUCGUCAACGUGUCGCGGGAGAUGAGCGGCUCCUACCGCUGCCAGACCAGCCAGUACAACGGCUUCAACGUCAAACCCAGGGAGGCGGUGGUGGAGCUCAUCGUGCAGUACCCUCCGUCGGUGGAGCCCGUGGCGCUGGAGGUGCGUCAGGGUCUGGGCCGGCCCGUGGUGCUGACGUGCAGGGUCCUGAGGGCACACCCGUCCAGGGUGCUCCGCUUUGAGUGGCGUCUGGGGAACCGCCUGCUCAACGCCGGCCACUUUGUGGACCAGCGGGACGAGUCGGAGCACACCGUCCGCAGCCUGAACCGCGACGGCUGGGGCGUGUACACCUGCGACGUCAUCAACGAGGCCGGGGCGGGCCGCUGCACCUUCACGGUCACAGGGAAGGCCUACCCUCCAGAGUUCUACUAUGACACCUACAGCCCACUGUGGCAAAACAGGCCCAGAGUUUACGGCUUCAAGCUGCAGUGGUCCCAGAUGAAUCCUGGUGCUGUGGACCCCAUCAUAGCUUACAGGCUUGGCAUACGACAGGUAAGACACAAGUUCAAGUUAUUGGCAAUGAAAUGCUUGAUUUUCAGGCUUUCCCAACAGUGCAGACAAGUAGACCAGAGAAUACAAAUGCAACCUGAAGAUUCUCCCAUCAACCCCCACCUGAGAGAGUUCCACUGUAGCUUUGAGGAGGAGCCUAUCUGCAUGUUCACGCAGGACAAGAACGAUGAUUUUGAUUGGUUGAGGCACAGCGCUGCCACCCGUGACACCAAGUACACGCCCAACACGGGCCCCAGCGGUGACCGCAGCGGCUCCAAGCAGGGUUUCUACAUGUACAUCGAGACGUCUCGUCCUCGCAAGGAGGGCGACCAGGCGCGGCUGGUGAGCCCUUUCUUCAACGUCGCCCCCAAGAACCCCUACGGCAUCAACAACCCGCCAGCCUACUGCUUCAGCUUCUUCUACCACAUGUACGGGAAACACAUCGGGACCCUGAACGCCUUCCUGAGGCAGAAGGGCCAAACCGCCUCUGAUGGCCCCGUGUGGUCGUUAAGCGGUCACCAAGGUGACCGCUGGAAGCAGGCCAAAGUGAGCAUCCAUCCUACUGCGUCCUUCCAGGUUGUUCUUGAGGGGAUUCGAGGCCCAGGCAUCGAGGGAGACAUCGCCAUCGAUGACGUCACCCUCGAAGAAGGAGAGUGUCGAAACCCACCAACCAAUCUCAGCGCCGCGGCUCCACCCACGUAUGCCCAUAUAUGGCCGUUGAGCAUCACGUUGGUGAUGACCUUUCUGGGGGGUCAAAGGUGACCCUGCAGCGCGUCGUUGUCUGUUGUUGGAGGAGGAGGAGGAGGAGGAGGAAGUCCAGACCAACGUCUGUGAGCUAGAACCCUUGGCAUCCAAUCACCAAAGAUCC